AUGGCAUCCAAACAAGCCGCAUCCGCUCUCCUCUCCAAGGGUCUUCCUUGGAUGACACAAGCAUCCCAAAAUCACUAUGCCCCCACGGGGAAGUGGAUUUUGGGUACUGCCGGCAUGGUCUUGGGAAUGAUCCAUGUCGGUGGAGUGACACGGUUGACACAAUCGGGUUUGAGCAUGACGUCCUGGAGUCCGCUCGGAUCGUUGCCGCCCAUGAACCAGGAGGAAUGGGAAACAGAAUUUGCCCGCUACAAGGAAUACCCCGAAUGGCAACAACGACAAUCCAUGACUCUGUCGGAUUUUAAAUUUAUUUUUGGAUGGGAAUACGGUCAUCGCAUGUUGGGACGCGUGGUCGGUGUCUGUUUCGCCCUUCCGUGGAUGUACUUUACGGUGCGUCGUAAAAUUCCACCGGGUUACCAGAAACGCAUGGUGGGCCUCUUGGCCAUGGGUGGAACCCAAGGAUUGGUCGGUUGGUGGAUGGUCAAAUCCGGAUUGGGCGAUGAUCGAAGAAGCGAUCGAAACGAAAUUCGAGUACGACCCAUUCGAUUGACGGCUCAUUUGACCAUGGCGUUGGCCACGUACGGAGCACUGGUCUGGACGGGAUUGGAUUUGUUGCACUAUCCACACAACAACAAUACGAAAUUGCAGGACAUGGUGGCCACACUGAGUAAAGAAUCGCUGCGACAAGCCCGCGUCUUGCGCACCAAAAGUUGGGUCCUCUCCGGAUUGACAUUUGUGACAGUCGCUAGUGGAGCCUUGGUGGCAGGAAAUGAUGCCGGACGGGCGUACAAUACAUAUCCCAAAAUGGGCGACGAAUGGAUUCCUUCCGAAAUUAUGGAUCUCUCUCCCUGGCAUCGCAACUUGAUUGAAAAUACCGCCACGGUGCAAUUCAAUCAUCGCAUACUGGGAGCUACCACGGCCCUGACCGCCGUGACAUUGGCGGCCAUUGGAUUGUCGCCGUCGCGAGCGGCGGCAUUGACACCCCAGGCACGCAAGGGAUUGUAUGCCGUGGCCACGGCGGCGACGGCACAAGCCAGUUUGGGUAUUGUCACCCUAUUGACGUACGUUCCACUCUCUUUGGCAGCAUUGCAUCAAUUGGGCAGUGUGGCCGUCUUUACCAGUGGUCUCUAUUUGGCCCAUGCCCUGCGAUAUGCGCGGCCGGCAUUGGUACGAACGGCGACAGCCACGAAAAGCAGUGCCGUAAAAAGCUCGGCGGAAACUGUAGCGUCUCGCAUGGCAGUCCCAAAGCGGUGAUGAGUAAAUGAUUGAAUGUGGUUUAGUGGCAGAAUGAUAGAACGGAUCGCAAACCAGCCACUACUUUUUGUGAUCCCAGGUUCUGUGGCCAAGAAUUGCUCGGUACUUGCUGGCUAGCUAGCUAGCUAGCUAGAUAGCUUCGAAUAGACACUGUUUAAAAAACAAACUAGAAAGUGGUUUAGAAAAUUG